AUGAAUGCCUCUACCUCUACUAUAGUUGCAAUUAUCGCUGUUCUUUCCUCCGUGCAUGCCGCCCCUUAUCCAGGAAACGAAGUCAGUGAUGUGCAGUCAGUGCCGCCACCAAAUUGCUGGAUUGCGUGCUGGAACGAGCGCCCGACCUGUCCCAAAAUCAAGCCAAUUCCAUACCAAGAUGGGCCUUUUAAUAGAACUGCUGGACUUGCUGCAGCUAGAGAGCUACCAUGGCGUAAUUUGAUAUGCGAUUUACUCUCAGUUGAUAUUCAAUCCGACUUGCAGUUGCGAUCCCGAAUUUGUGAGCGCUACAUUCGCUUUGGUGGCCAGCGUUACAAGGAUCUGCUCUUUGGCAUGCUUCCGUGCUCCCGCUCCUCAGUAUAUACCCAUGGUGAUAUUGCUCCACGAAAUAUCAUGGUGGAUGAAAAAUAUCAAAUCAGUGGGGUUCUUGAUUGGGAAUUUUCUGGAUGGUAUCCUGAGUAUUGGGAAUAUGCGCAGAUUAUGAGGCCUGCUUGUGAGACUGGUGAUUGGCAAUCAUGGAUGGAUGCUACUGCACCACAGAGAUGGGACAUAAGUGGCAUCAAUGCUGCUAGACGGAUGCUCUUCUAA